AUGGCUCGAACUAAGUGCACUGCCCGUAAGUCCACCGGUGGAAAGGCUCCAACGAAGCACCUUAGGGCUUUCUAUGCUGCCGCUCGUAAGACUGCUCCCGCCACUGGAGGAGUGAAGAAGCCACGCCGAUAUCGCCCUGGAACUAUUGCUCUUCGGGAAAUUCGCAAAUAUCAGAAGGGCACAGAGCUACUUAUAAGGAAAUUACCUUUCCAGAGACUUGUCAGGGAGAUUGCCCAGUUUUGCAAGAGUGAUCUACGUUUCCAGAGCCAUGCGGUGCUUGCUUUGCAGGAGGCAGCCGAAGCAUACUUGGUGGGACUGUUUGAAGACACUAAUCUGUGUGCCGUCCAUGCUAAGCGUGUGACCAUUAUGUCCAAAGAUGUGUAUUUGGCAAGGAGGAUUCGCGGCGAGAGGCUGUAAUUAGCCUACAUAGAUGGAUCAAGCCCAGCAUGUUUAGUGCUUUCCAUGUGAUUUUCCGGGUUCAUAAUGGGCAGUGGAGAACCCUUUGAUAUGCCAUGGACGUUAAACUAUUAUUAAUAAAUGUAAUUUUGAUAAUUCAUAUCUAGAUGAUUUUUAGUUAUGUCACGUCUAAAUUCUUUAAUGUACAAUCGGCGCCGUAGGAUUCAUGCAAAAACAGUUUUUGAUCGGCUGUCACCCUAUUUUUCGCGAAAAGCCAGUGACCGUUUCCGUUGUACGUGGGGCACAUGUUUUUAUAGAGGCUGUGAGUUCUUUUUUAAAUGCCUGGGUAUGCGAUGUAGAAUUCAAAGAGCUAAGCUCUCUUACAUAUUCUCAUCGAUCUUUUUUCUCUUGUUCCUAUUUUAUUUUCUCUUUUUGAUUUUAUUUUUUCACUUAUUCAUUUUAAAUUUCAUGAACUUCUUUAAUUCAUUUUUUCCUUUUACUUUUUCAUUUCCCCAUUUUCCAAUUCGUUAUAUUUUUAGAACAUGAACACUUUGUGAAGUGUGCGAACACAUGAAUUUUAAAUUCGUGAUCACUUUUUUGAAUUUGCAAAAGAUCAUAAAAAAUUUCAAAAAAAAUUGAACACUUUACAAUGUCUUAUCUAAGUUGUGGUCUAUCCGAUCUAACUGUUAUAAUCUCCGCCCAAAUUUGAUCCUGCUUUGUUCUUGUGCGCGCGUCCCAUGGUCGCGCGUCCUCCGUUGUCGCGAUGUUCAUUUGUCGGACUGUUUUAGUUAGGCCUCUUUUUUGUUCGGCCUCUAUUUUUUUUGUCAGACCUAUUUUUUGUCGCUGUGUCCAGAAACAGAAUAGACGUGGUGAUUUGUUUGCCUUUUUUUUCCAUCACCUCCAUUAUGCAUCUGCUUUGCCUCUCUCCAUUCCUGCUCUCUUCAUUUCCCCUUUGUCUUUCAUUAGAGCCGACUAUUUUUGUGUGGCAUUUUUUUCCUAGUUUCAACUCCACCCUCGAAUUGCAACCAGACAAACCAUUUUUUUCACCCAACCUUUUUACCCUAGUUGUAAAUCCACAUUUGAGUCGCAACUGGGCCCGACUUUUUUUUUUGCAUUAGUCACAAGUCCUGCCUCAACUUACAACUAGGUCAGACUUUUUUGGUCUCAGUUGCAAAUCCACUAUUGACAAGCAACUAGGGGCUGUUUUUUUUUGUCCCAAUUGUAAGUUAACCAUCGACUCCAAAAUGUGCCCACCCAUUUUUUAUUCUAGGUUGCAAGACAACUACUGACAACUGGUCUCUUAAUCUUUUUUUUUUUGGGGGGGAAAGGCCAUCAUGGCUAGCUUUAUUAAACUCAAACAAUAGUUACAUCGUUCACCAAUUGGCUAACUAAGAACACAGGAGGUUCGUUAGUCCAAUUGUCAUCACAUUUAUUACAAAAACUAAACUUUGCUAGCUCAUGAGCAACUGAAUUUGCUUAGCGAAAGCAAUGAGAGAAGAUGACCUUUCCUAUUGACGUUGACAAGUCUAUGCACUCGGCGAAGAUCGCUGCUGCUGCAUCCCAUCAUUGGUCUUGUCCUCGACAGCAGUUGAUGACGUUCAACGAGUCCGACUCCGCUUCUACUCUGUUGAAACCCAAGGAGUUCGCCAGAAAUAAUCCAUCUCGUAAUGCCAUUGCUUCAAUAGUCACAACAUCUGCUGCCAAUGAUAUAAAUUUACAAAAACCUGCAAUGAAAUUCCCUCUAUCAUCUCGUAGCACACCUGCAACAG